CACAAGUCGUCACUGUCCGUUACGACUCAUGCUACAGUUAAAUAUUCCAUGCGUCUACGUUUUAUUUCGCACGUAUUUUAUUCUUUUUCUAUACUGUCCGAAAGGGAAAGAACAAGAUUUUAUAAAUUUAUAUUGACACGAAUAUAAACCAAGUGAGAAGUUAAGAGGGAUAGGCAUGGUCAGUUAACGCAUAAUGUCGGCUUGCACAAAAUAAUCUCAACACAUGCCAUUAAGUUUUACGGAUAAAGAAGUAAGAAAUAAAUCUAUAUAUUUUUUAGAACAACAGUGCUAAGUGAUACGAGAAAAUUCGACUGUGUUCUAUCUAAAUUUCAAUGAAAGUGGGAGUUUAUCAUCAUCAUCAUUAUUAUUAUUAUUGCAACUGCUACUACGGCUAUUAUCAUAAUUGAUACAGAUAGAAUACAAAUAUAAUAAUUAAGAUUUUAUUAUUAUUAUUAUUAUUAUUAUUUUCGUUACUUUCUGGUGCGUACUACUGUACUAAGUACGUGUGAAAAAUAAUAAUUAUAGACAUACGUAAUAGGGAAGAUAAGUGUUGCGCAUAUAAUUAGUAACGUCAGUUUAAAAUAAUUGGGGUUGGUCUGUAGAAAAUAAAUAAAAAAGAUUAUUUAAGUUUCUAUAUGUGGACCGAAGCAGGCGGCAAGAGUAAAGGUUUGCACGUAGAGGAUAGAUCAAAGGGCAGAUUGAGCUUGCGGUAAGCAGCAUGCCUGCCAAAGGAAAACAUCAUCACUUGACACAUCAUCAGCAUCACCAGCAACAGCAGCAGCAGCAACAACAGCAGCAGCAGCAACAACAACAACAGCAACAACAACAACAACAACAACAGCAGCAACAACAACAGCAGCAACAACAGCAUCUUGUUAAUGUAAAUCAACCAGGAAUUUCUAGUACUCCCCAGCCUUACAACGCGGUUGUUGCCACGCCAAGAGGAUACGUUUCACAUGCCGGUUCAGAUUUUCAUGUACCCGGACAAAAUUACGGCGCCCAGCCAGGGGGGCAGGUGGGAGGUGGUGGCGGUAGUAUAGGAGUAUCAGGUGGCAGAGGACCACCUUCUCUUAAUAUCCAGACUAUAGGUCAAACAACCCAGGGAAUACAGUCGGGUAGUGGACCUGCUGGAGGUCAACAACAGUCAAAUCAAGCUCCCACAUCUGGGGUACAACAGCAACAAACUCAGGGUCAAGCUCCAACUUCGACACCGCUUGUUCACACCCCUUCACCUCAAGAAAUGGGAAAACAAAUUCACCAUCAAACGCAAGCAGCUUCUUUACAGCAGUCUUACGUUUCUAAUCAAACGAGAGCGGUUCCACAGGCUUUCUAUCCUAUGGGACCAAGGCCAAUGCAAUCAAGAGGUCCAGGUCAUAGAAAUAGUCAAGGCGGGGGAGUAACUCACGUUAUAGGUAUGCAAAGUGCACCCGGGGGUGGUGGACAGCCGCCUGCAAUGUUUCAGGCACAUCAUGCGAAUAUCAAUGUACCUGGAGCACAAACUAUUUAUAUUCCAAGUCAAGUCCCCAACAUGCAUCCUGGACAGCAUCAGCCAUCGUUGUAUUCAGUGAGCAGUCCGAUGACUCAAAUUUCUUACCCUCAGCAACACAGACAUCCAACGCAUGGGGGUCAACAUUACCUCAGCUAUCAAGGACACACAAUUUUACAACCAAAUAUGUAUUCAUUUCAAGCAGGACCCGCAGCAUCACCAUUCACAACCUUUUGUUUUUCCGCUCACCCACCGAACGCUUUAAUGAAUUCUACUAGAGCGAAUAAUAACACUAUUAGUGGAAGUCAACAUGUAAGCCCGCUGGCCGGUGCUCAAGCAACGACGUCUGUACCACAGAGUACUCUACAACAGACUACCCCGCAGCCACAGACGUUACCUCCAAUGGCGAUACCUUUAACUCAACCAGCUUAUGCUGGACACAAUGCAGCUACUGCUAACUCCUUGAGUAAUUCCUAUCAAAAACCUGCAAUGAGGCCGAAAGCUAUAAUGGAUAUUGUAAAUCCAGCUACAGGUGAAAAUAUUGCUGACAAUAUUUAUCGAGAUGCCAAAAGCACGAGUGAUGACUCGAAUACCCGCGAGACUUCUCAAACACAUAAUCCAGCAAUUGCUGCCGAAUUCGCAUCUCGUGUAGCCAAAAUGGCCAGCGAAGAUUCUAAUGUUAAUAGUAAUUCAUCAGCCGUUAGUGCCCAAUCAAAUCAUCAGCAAAGCAUAAAUAAUGUUAAAUCACAGCCGAGUCUUACAAAGGAUUCAGUAAAUAUUCAGUGCAAUAAAUAUUCUUCUGAGCCAACGCAAAUAAACACAAAUACUGUACAAGCUGCAUCAUCAGAGUCAACGCAUUCAACGGCUCCGGUAGCCGUAGAUUCACCAGCUCCAGUUAAGAUGGAGACUAAACCAACUAUGGCUCAAAUAGUUGAGUCUAAAUCACAGAAUGAGGUACAGUCGGCAUCAUGUGUCGAAGCACCAUCUCCAGUGUCUGGUUCACCUAAAGAUGACAAUGUUAUUGUACAGCAACCACCAGCAGCGCCAUUAUCAUCAACUCCAAGCUCUACGCCUGAGUCUGAGUUGAAAAAUACAAGUGCUGAAAAUUCAUCACCUACGAAUAUUACAAACGUUCCUCCAUUUUCAUCUUCUAACGUUAAAAAUUCAUCUUCACCGCCACGAAGGAAAAAUAACAAUCACAUUUCACAAAAUGUACAGCAACAAUAUCAAUCACAAUCUGCAGGUACUUGCUCAGUAGUUACAAAUAGCGGAUAUGCUGCCGAGACUGCCAAGGAUCUAAAGGACAAAAAAGCAUCAGAAAAAGCAUUUGUACCUAAAGCUGCGUCACAGGCACCUGUACAGCACCAGACUGAUGUACCCCAGCAGCAACAUCAGCAAAAGGCCAAUGGAGAGAGAAUUGAAGACAAGAUUGACGUUGAAUCCGGAGGCAAAAUAGAUCUUCCACAAAAAUCAGCCGACGGUAAUAAAACAAUGCAGAAACAAAAGAAUAAGAAUAAAUUUAAAGGUCGCGAUAUUAAUCGCAAGGGUGCGGAAAAAGAGGGCACGGAUAUGGAUGCUUUUGUUAAUUCGACAUUGCAGUCAGCAGCUCCGGAAGUUGUUAAGUCACAAGAGCUGAAAGAGUCAUCGUCAUCCCCAUCAUCAAAGACGGCCAGUGUAAAUAUUGAACAAACUCCCGCCAGAGAUACUUCAACAGAAGAAAAAGAAGUUUGUGAAGUUAAAAUCGAUGAUGCAGAUCACGAGACACAACAGACUCAAGUUAAAUCACAGCCAGCUGAAAAAAUUAUAACUAAUUCUAGUGAAUGUCUAGUUAAGGACGUUGACAGUGGUGAUGAUAAAAUUAUAGUGACACCAAACAAAAACUCUCCGGACAAUGAAACGAUUAGCAAUGACAUGAUCAUUCAGGACAGUAACAAGUGUGCUAGUAUCAUGGAGAAAAAGACGAAUGACGUUGUCGAUCAUUCUAAAGUUAUUGUUGUUAAUGACACCGUUGGUAGUGCAGUGGAGGCUAUUGUCGCUCAGAAGAAUGAAGAAAAUGCCAAGGUUUCAACAUUGGCCGGUCAAAAUUAUGCUGUCAGUGCAGCUCCGGUUAUUGACAGUAACAAACAAAAUGAGAACGAGCCUCCAAAUAAAAUUGAGCCGCCAGCUAAGCCCGCAGCACCAGUGCUCCGGUAUCAGUACAGUCCUAAUCAGUGGAGUCCCAAAAAUACUUCUGGCAAAAAGGAGUACGAUCGUGACUUUUUGAUGAAGUUGCAGGACGACCCGCGAAGUCGUAUCAAGCCCCCAAAUUUGCCAGACUUAGAUGUUGUUCUCAAGGAUUGCUCAAGGCAAAUAUCCCGCAAUACAACGGUAGACUUAAGAAUGUUCAAAGACUCCAGGGCUCAUGAGCAAUUACUACCUGGAUUCAUGAAGUCCUCGUAUAACCCCAAGCUACCUUUACCCUCGAAAAAGAGCUACCAGGGAAAAUCCAAAUUGAGCAAACCCAGUGUGAUUCACGUCACUUUGUCGUUACGUGAAGAUGUUAAAUUACGUGAGACUGAAAACGCAUGGAAACCCGCCCGAUUGAAGAAAGACGGCGAAGUAGUUACUGAGGACGAUAUUAAAACUCAGACCUUGUAUAAAAAAGUCCGAAGUGUAUUAAACAAAUUGACACCUCAAAAAUUCGAAACCUUAGUCAAUCAAGUGCGUACACUAGAAAUUGAUUCGGAAGAAAAAUUGCAAGGCGUUAUUGACUUAGUUUUUGAAAAAGCCGUUGACGAGCCAAGUUUUUCAGUCGCCUAUGCGUUAAUGUGUAAAGAAUUAGCCUUGAUAAAAGUUGCAUCAAGUCAAAAGAAAUCACCACAAGAGCCUGAUAAUAAUGUAAACUUCCGCAAACUACUUUUGACACGUUGUCAAAUGGAGUUUGAAAAAAAUACCGUCGAUGAAGCUGAGCGUUUGACUAAAGUCAAAGAAAUCGAAGAGUGUUCAGACGCCGAAAAGAAAAAAGAGUUGAUGUCGACUCUUGCGAUUAAUGAUCGUCAGAUGAGAAUGAAAUCUGUCGGUAACAUAAGAUUUAUUGGUGAACUUUAUAAGCAAGAAAUGCUCACUGCCAACAUUAUGAAUAAAUGUAUUAUACAUUUAUUAGACAACAGUGAUGAAGAAAAUUUGGAGUGUCUGUGUAAAUUAUUAACUACGAUCGGAAAAAUAUUUGAGUUGAAGGCUGACUUGACUGGUUACUUCAAUACCCUAUCAGAACUUGCGUCAAAUCGUAAAGGCAACCGUAAAAUAAGUUCGCGUGUUAGGUUUAUGAUUCAAGACGUUAUUGAUUUGAGGCGUAAUAACUGGAUACCUCGCAGAGACGACAGUAAUCCAAAGACAAUGGAUCAAAUCCAAAAGGAAGCUGAGUCCGAACGUAUUGACAUUCAAUUCAAUAAUAAUAUUUCGUUAAAUACGCCACGUAAAGAUGACCGCAAUGACAGAAGAAGAAGAGGAGCCGGAUCAAGCCUCGAUGACGGCGGCUGGUGUACGCCAGUAGGCAGCAAAGUCCGGCAAUCUUAUUCAGUAGAAGCUUCUAAAUUAAACACUAAGACUAUGCCAUUAGCUGAAAUAACUCUGGGUAGUAGGAAUAACUAUAUGUGGAACUCCUCAUCGGCUGCCUCAGGAAAGCCAGUUACUCCAGUCACUCCUAACAAAUAUGCUAUUCUUGAUAACUUAUCUUUAGAUCAAGACAAACGGCCGCCUAUACCACUGUCCGGAUCUCGGUCGACAGGCCCCAGGGAGUACAGAUCAGAUUAUAAAACAUGGGGAGAUGGCUCACGAGGCUCACGAAACGGCAGCAGUCAUCAAAUGGGUAGUAGUAGUAGUAUCUCGUCAUCUUCUAGAGAAAGUUCGCUGCUAAUGGAAGGUGGACGAAGUCAGAGUAUAUCCAUGCCACCGCCAGCAAUGAAGAUGAAACCACCUACUAUGACACCUGCGUCAUCAAAUACUGCGUCUGGUAGCAAUAGUAGUAUUAAUAUUAGUAACAAAACUCCCAAGACGGAAGCACAGUUACUUACAAUCUUCAAAUCACUUAUCGAUGGAUGUAGUAUGGUGAAAAAUCAAGAAGCAUUCAUUGUUGCGGCAAUGGAAACUAUCACUGACAACUUUGACAGUUCAUCGUAUCAACUUUUUGUUAGUGAAACUGUUAAUAAGGUGCUUGAGCGAUCGGCUGAAGUUCGCAGGCGUUACUCAGCCUUACUCUCACAUUUGAUAAAAGAAAAUAUAAUUCCACUGUCUCUAGUUCAAUCUGAAUAUGAGAAAGUAUUAGAGAUUGCAGACGACCUAGUCAUUGAUAUUCCCAAGAUUUGGGAAUAUGUCGCAGAAAUAUUAUUGGAAAUGUUGAUGUCUGGUGCACAUCCAUUUGCCGAGCUGAAGAAAACUUUAGCAGUGCUAAAGAACGCAGGAACGUGCAGCAGAACUCUAGGUGAACUUUUGUCUAAGUUGGCGAAAGAAAAAGGACCUAAAUGGGUCGCUGAUAAUUGGGACCAAAGUGGACUACAGUGGAGCGAUUUGUUGGACUUGGAACGGGAAAAUCUCGAUGACAUGCUUAAUAAAUAUAAGUUAGAAUUUUUGACUAAAGGAUGCAGUAAUUUAUCCGAUAAGUUGAAUUCUGGAGACAGCAACAUGUCUUACUCUGACAUUGGCGAUCAUCUCGUUAAACUGAUGAAAGAAAGCAAUUUUGACAACAUCACGAGUUGGAUCACUCUAAACGUUGGUCAACGAUUAAAAGAGCCGCAGUUUGUAAGGACUCUUACUACUUCUAUUCUUACCGUUUCUAUUGAAAAAAACGUGAACUCAUACAAACUUGUUCCUACAACGUUGAGCGGUUUGUUACCGUUGAUAAGACGAUAUGUUGACACCGAGCCACAGCUUGAGCUGCAAUGCCUCUUUGCGAUACAGUCGCAUCUUCACAAACUAGAUUUCCCACAGGGUGUUCUGAAUUCUGUUAUCGAGUCUCUAUGCUACGAAGAUAUAAUAUCUGACGAUGCAUUCUUAGCAUGGCAAGAAUGUACAGAUCCUGCAGAAAUAGCACAGGGACAUUCGGUAGCCGUAAAAAGUCUUACAUCAUUUUUUGUAAAUCUUCAAGAAAUACGGGAUGAAUCAAGCGAGGAAGCGUGAGAUAUACUCUCGGAUAUUUAUACUUUAACAAUAACUAUAUUAUUAGCUAAAAUACUAUUGCUUAUUGACUAAAAAAAAACUAAAAAUGAUAAAUGAAAAUUUUUAAAGUUAUUUUUUUUAUUCGUGAUUCUCGCAAGAGACAUUGUUUUGAUAUAUUCGAUACUGAUAUAUUUGAAAAUAGAUGAUUCAAAUAACAAUUUUAUUUCUUUUCUAAAUAAAUAAAUUAGUUAUUAUUUUAUUAUUAUUAUAAUUAUAUAAUUAUUGUUUUUAAAAUUGUCACUGGAAUUGCUUCGGUAAUUUAUGCUCAUGUUUAUAAGAUGUUUGACAAAAGCAAUUAACUCUACUUUAUAAUUAAAUCUAUACAAGUUUAAAGUAUAUAUGUGAAAAAUAUAACACGUAUAAACAAUAUAACGUGACUUUUGCUGCAUAAAAAUAAAUUCGCAAUGAAUGAAAUAAAAAAAUCGAUAAUUAAGAACGGAAAAAAAAACAAACAAACAAGUAAAUAAGGUCUAAUAUAUAUUUAUAUUAUUGUAGGUAAAAUAUUAAUAUUUUACAAUUGAAACAACACCUACAGAGCAGUUUAACACAUGCAGCAAUUGCUGAUUAUAAAAGUUAAAUUAAAUACUAAAAAUAAAAUACUUUUUUAGAUAAUAGUUUAAUAAAUAAUCGAUGGUAAAUAUUUGAAUAAAUAUUACCGCUGAAUAUUAACAAUGAAUAUAUAAUACCAUAAUUAAUGGUAUUAUUAUUUUUUAAAACUUGUCAUGUAUAUUUAUUAUUAACAGAUUUAAAAAUAAUAACUGUGAGAGUGAAAGCGCGAUUAAAUGUCACACGCAAGCGUCUUUAUAUUUAUGACAAUUACUAACAAGUGUGAAGUUGUGAACAAGAUGAAAAUAUUUAAAUAAUAAUUUGUAUACAUCGACUUAGAAUCAUGAUUUAAAUGACUGUGUGUAGAAUAUUUAAAAUAUGCUUUUACAGGUAAAGCAAUUUUAAUUCGGUUUAAAUUAUCGAAGAGAAUAUUAAAUAGUGAUGGCCAAGUUCAUCGUACACUGAAGAACUGUUCGUAGAUAGAGGAUUUAUAAAAUAAUUAAUUUUAAAAUUAAUUAACGUACAUCCUUGAUACGGGGAUCGCACUAGAUGCUUAGUGUUCGACUCCAGUAUAAUUUAGAUAAAAUAAUUCAACUGAUUUUUACAUAAAACAAAAUAAAUAUAAAUAUAUAUAAAUAAUAUAAUAUAUAGUAAUAAAAUACAGUUUUUAUGGGUAACAAAAAAUAAGAUCGAUAAAAAAAAAUUCCAACGAUUUAAAUGACAUAACGUGUGGUCGUAAAUAUAUAACUUAUUUACUGUAAGCACGGUCGUACAAAAAGAGAAAAUUAAAACACCAAAUGAUGUUCUCUAAUUUUCAAUUCAUUGUUAAGUAAAUAGAUACAUUUCAUAUUCAAAUUUUUAUUUUUCGCAACUUUAAUACACGCGAUAAAUUAGUUAAUCAAACGCGAUAAUUAUAAUAGAUUGCCUUGCGAAUUGUAUUUUUCAUGUGAAUAUAUUUACAUACACGUGUUGAUGAUGAAAAAAAAAAAUAUUUAAAAACCACCAUAACUUUUUUUCGCCCCCAAACGAUCACCGUAAUAACACGCAAUGCAUAUUAAAUUUUAUUAUUCGCAUGUAAAUAAUUCAAACUUCAGUCUAACGUCAGCAAAUUAUUUUAAAAAAUUAAUUAAAUUCGUCGCGGUAUACAUACACAUUAAAUUAAUUCAUUAUAUAUAUAUAUAUAUAAAUAAAUAUAUAGUUAUAUAGGUAAAAAAUAAAAUAAAUUAAAAUGUAACAAAACGUAAAAAAAAUAAAGAAAUAAUAAUAAUAAAUUUGCAUUUGUAUGAAAGGAAAAUGCUAGUUGAAGACAAGUAUAUGAAACCAGGGCUUUUGUGGAUGUACGUAAAAAGUAAACGUGUGUUCUGUUAUUUUUUUUAUGAGCAAGACUUUGUUUUUUUAUUUUUUAGUUUUUUCAUUCUAUUAUAUUUUUUUUGUUGUGUACAAAUGUUAUAUUAUUUUUAUCAAGUAAUAUAAUGAAGUGAAUAAAAGAAAUUAAUUAAUUAAUUUUAGAAGCAAUUUUUUUUUUAAAAAGCGAUUAAAUAUUCGCGCUGGCUCAUACGCGGUAAAUAUUUUAAAUAUAAUUAAUAAUAAUAAGAACACCGUCCACAUAUGAGAUGGAUUAUAUUUAAUGGAUGUUUUAAAUCGCAUGGAAUCAUAUAUUUUGAUUAUGUUAUAUAUUGUAUUUUAUUUGUUUGCUUGUUACCGGAUGUUAUUCAUUAAUUAUAAUUAUUAUUAUAAUUAUUAUUAUUAUUAUUAUUAAUUAAUAAUAUUAUCAUUAUAAAAAAACGCGAUGAACGGUAAAUAAUUUAUCGCAACGAUAGAUAUAUAUCAUUUUAUACCAAUUUUAAUUGAUUAAUUCUCAUCACGGUUGAUUUAUUUCCAGGCCUUGAUGCCUUUCAUUAGAGUGUAGCUACGAUGAAAUAAAUAACUAGUUUAAUUUGUACAUGAAAUACCGACGUUGUUAACUGAAUAAAUAAUUAAUUAAUUAAUAUUAAAUAGGCAAGAUAGAUUGUGGAUACAAGCGAGUUGAGUAUGAUAAAUACAAUAAAUUGUGAAAAGGAAAAUUAUAAACUUAGCGUGGGAGUGUGAAGAAAUAGAAAAAAAAAUGAAUUGAACAUUUGAAGAUGAAAUGAAUUUAUUACUUCUUGUAAAUAAUAGUUAUAAUCUUAUUAUAUAGAAUAAAAUAACGUAGUAUGUAAUGGUAAUUAUUAUUAUAUUAUUAAAUUAAGGGUUUUAUUUGAACAGGUCUCAAUAGCGUGUGCUACGAGAUGGCACCUAUUGAUGACAAAGAUAAAAAAUCAAGCAAACUGCGUACAAUUUACGCAAGUAAAGAAAAUUGUAAGUGAAUAUACUGAGCAAGCCAAGUGGGAACAGUGUGAAGGGUAUAAAUAUAAGUGAAAAUCGUUUGAAUAAACAGAAAAACGAUAAAAAUAAAUGAAAUAAAAUAAAUAAAUGGGAAAAGAAAAUAAUAAGCAGCUGCAGUGUCGCGUUGUAUUGCGCCAAUUAUACAAAACAGAGUUAUGAUGCGAGUGAAUGUAAUAAAUAUUACGAGCAUAAAAUAAUAAAAAACAACAAAUACUUA